GAAGGGCCUGACAUCAACAAGCCAAAACAGCUGCCCCCUUCUCCCCCAUGGAGAGACAGCAAGAGGAGCCUGAUGACGUGAGGAAACAAGAGAGGAGAGGGCAAGACCGGUGGGGUCUGCAAGCGUGGACGGCAUACGAGACACGUUAGAAGGUCUACAGAGGCUGAGGUGAAGAGAAGGAGGAAUUGGCAAGUUAAAGGGGGAAGGGAAAUGAGAGGUGGCGAGAGUAUGCUUGCAUGCUUUCAGAGUGAGGAUAGCCAGAGAGCAGGGGACAGGGGAGGUUGUAAGAGGAGAGGGGGGAAAGACUGGAAGGUCUGUGCUCGGUGACACUUCUUGGAUAGGUUGUAAGAGGAGAGGAGGUAAAGGGGGGGAAAAAAGUCAUCUGGGGUGCAUUUCGAGGCCGGGCAGGCUGUCAGAGUGAGAGAGGGAAAGAGAGAGAGAGGUGUAAGGAGUCACUGGGGAAAGAAGGGAACAUGCUGGAGAGGUCCACAUGAAGGCAUUAGCUGCAGCACGAACAUAAGGAGGCCCUCCAAACAUGAAGCUGUGAGAGGAGGAAAAAAGAACAGCACGGCUUGGUUUUAAGAAGGCCAUCUGAUUAAGGUCUACGCUGCAAUUUGAAGCAAAAAGAGGCUGGAAGGAUGGGCUGCAUUCACAGCACGAGCACUGGCAGGAUGAAGAAGCUGGGACCUGACACAGGAGGAAGCCCCAUCAAAGAAAACCCUGAGGUGCAUCCUGAGAUUCUUCAACUAGCAGAGCUUGCCAUCUCUGGGAGCCACACCUUCACAGAGAAGAGCUUCAAGAAGAGGCGAGUGUGUGAUGUAUGCAAGCAGAGCAUCAGUAACCCUGGAGCAUUCUGCAUUGACUGCAAGGUUGCAGUUCAUAAGACAUGUGAGACUAAGGUAACUCCCAUCUGCACCUCAGCACCCGAACUGCACAGCUCCACUAAAUCUACAUCACAGAAGAAGAGAGGCUCCUUACCAAGGAGUAAAAGUGUGGAAAAAGUGAUGGAGCAUGUGAUGGAGCACCACUAUGACUUUGACCUGACGUACAUUACGGAGAGGAUCAUCUCCGUCUUCUUCCCGCCAGAGCUGGAGGAACAGCAGUACCGCAGAAACCUGCAGGAAGUGGCAUCCAUGCUGAAAUCAAAGCACCAAGACAAGUUUCUGCUGCUGAACUUAUCAGAGAAGAGGCAUGACAUCACCAGACUAAACCCAAAGGUGCAGGACUAUGGCUGGCCUGAUGUUCACGCCCCACCCCUGGACAGGAUUUGCGCUGUAUGUAAAGCCAUGGAGACCUGGCUGACCUCUGACCCCCAAAAUGUAGUAGUUCUCCACUGUAAGGGAAACAAAGGAAAAACAGGGGUGAUUGUGGCAGCCUACAUGCACUACAGCAAGAUAUCAGCUGGAGCAGACCAGGCUCUCACCACCCUGGCCAUGAGGAAGUUUUGUGAGGACAAAGUCUCCUCGUCCCUACAGCCGUCUCAAAACAGGUAUGUCUACUACUUUGGUGGUCUGCUGUCAGGUACCAUCAAAAUGAACAGCAGUCCUCUGUUCCUCCAUCAAAUCCUCAUUCCGUCACUACCAAACUUCCAAACUGGAGGAGGUUUCUAUCCUUUCUUAAAGAUCUACCAGUCGUUACAGCUGGUCUACACUUCGGGUGUCUAUGAUCCCCAGAGCUCCAGGGCAAGGAAACUGUGUGUGACGAUGGAGCCAGCACUACUAUUAAAAGGGGACAUUAUGGUGAAGUGCUUUCAUAGACGGACCCUGGUAGCAGAGAGAGAGGUGGUUUUCAGAGUCCAGUUUCAUACCUGUACUGUUCACGGGGCUCAACUGUGGUUUGGCAAGACCGAACUGGACCUGGCCUGCACAGAUGACAGGUUCCCUCCUGAUGCUACAGUUGAAUUCAUCUUCUCCAGCGGACCAGAAAAAAUGAAAGGUCGAGAAUACCGCAAAAAUGAUGCCUCUAUUAAAGUGGACUACAACACUUCAGACCCGGUGGUUAGAUGGGAUUCUUAUGAGAAUUUCAACCUUCACCAUCAGGACAGCCUGGAAAAUAUCUCUCACACAAGGGGCCCUCUGGAUGGAAGUCUGUAUGCCCAGGUGAGGAAGCGACGUGGUCCAGGCUCGACUGCCUCAGCAGCAUCACCUAACGGAUGCCUUUCCAGCAGCCCCACAGUGAAACCCCAAACUCCCAGUCAUCCCCAGUCUCCUACGUCCACCUCCGACUCCAGACACUCCUCAGCCCCCUCUGAUCAUCAGGAGGAACCCUCGGUGAAUCACCCUGAAGGAAACGACAAAGACUCUUCACCGAGAAGGCCAGGUGAAAAGGAUGGAGCAAAAGAGAAAACAAAAGGAAAAGAAAGGGAUAGAGAGACGGCUAUUCUAGAUGAUGGAGAUCUGUCAAGCCCAGGUUCAAGGAGAGAGCAUCCAUGUUGUAAUCAGCCAAAGUGUGGAACUAUGGGAUGGGAAAGAGAGAGGGAACCUUGCCUUCCUAACAGUCACUGUCUCGGUCGAUGCAACAGCAUUAAGAAUCACCCAAAAAGUCAAACUCUCCCUGCUUUACCGUCAAAAUCUGUGUCUCCUCCACCACCUUCAACUCAUAUGGAGCUCUGCCAUCGCCACAGCGCCCAUCCUUUACCAGAGUUACCAUGGGAACGUCCACCCCCGCCUCCACCACCAUGUCUCCACAGACCCUGCUACCCGUUUUCCACCCCUGAACAUACCCACCCACACAGCCACACACUCCCAGCCUCAAACAGACUUUGCCCCGGUCAAGACUGUCACCUCUUCCAUUUUUCCAGUCACGGCCCAUCCGCUCAUCUGUCGCACCAAUCGCUGCCCUCCAGCCCAUACAGAGAAAUGUUUUUUGGCUCUCCAACUCCGUCCUCUGGUUGCCCCUGUCGGGACUGCUCCAGCAGGCGGGAGCACCAAUCAGCCCCCAUCAGAACAUUCCACCCAUUACACCCAGACCAAUCAGAAAACCCACAGUGGUCCCAAGGAGCAUCAAUGCAGCGAACAAGAGAGGUGCCCCCUGUAUGGGAAACUGAAAAUCCAUGGGAGGUGGCAAGGGAGGCAGAGUUCUGGCAGUGCAAAUCAGCCAUGCCAGCAUUUCACACCUGCCACCCCCCCAUGAAUCAGAGUCCAACCCCGGAUCAGCGUAGAUUUGCAUUCAUACCUCACCAGAGCUACCCCAGCCCUCAGUCCCUGAUGGAUGUUCGGGACGGCGCCAGCAGUGGCUAUCACACGCCUCCACAGCCCCACCACUCCUGUCCAUGCUCACCUUAUCAGUCGUCUCCAGCUGAGAGCCACGAGAGCCGGGGUUACGCCUCAGGAUAUCAUUCUGGAUCGGCCUCUCCCCUGCCUGGAAGUAGCCCCUCUCCUGGGAGAGGCAGGCUGCCCGACACCCCCUCCAGAUCCAGAGACCAGCAGUGCACUGAGCAUCAGAAAGUGGAAAAGGCCAGGGCUGAUGUGGAGGAUAAUAUAUCCCAGGGUUCAGAGGGUAAAUCAGACUCAAAUGGCCAGUCGAGCACCCCUGGACUGGACUCUGAUCAUGACUACACACUCAUUGGCAGCAGCAGCCCAACACAUACUGAGGACAGUGCAACCCGUGACAGCACUCCUCAGAGCCAAGACAUCACUACUCAAAUGGAGUCCAUCACUAACGAUAAUAAAACCGUCACACCAGUUCCAUCAGAAACACACACAAGUUCCAGCAUCUCUAUAAACUCCACACAGUCACGAGCUGAGCAGUCCCAGAGCUCUGAGUGUAAGUCCAAAGCCGCCCAGGUCACAGGAGGUGCAGAAGGACCUGAUCAGGCUUCAAGUCAAACUUCUAUCAUCAUCACCCCGGUGCAAGUACAACUGAAUGGCACCAGCCUUCAUGUUGAGACGCCAUCUGAUAGCAGUAGAGCUGUAUCCAUGAACCCUUCUGCCAGUCCCACUUCAACACCAUCCUCCCCAAACUCUCCUAUCGGAUCUCCAGAGCUGCAGUCCUCCCCCCAGCGCUCCCCUUCACUUACAGAUGCAGCAGGACAGAGGCUGACACCGGACAGAGACAGCUCAGCCGACACAAAACCACCAUCUCCUGUACCUGAUGGAUACCACACGCCUACUUUCCCCUUAGCAUCCUAUUACUACCCAUUACUAAACGUCCCCCAUGUGCCGUAUACUGGGUACACCGCUGUCACCAUCCCCCCCAUUCAGCCGCCGUUGCCUGAGAAGAAGCGUCUUUCAGCCACGCCAGGAUGCCUGAACGGACACAGCCAUGUUCUCCGGGUGUCCUCUGCUCCUUCUCCCACGCACCAUGUUAGUUUCUCCCCCUCUGUGGGAGAGCAGAGACGGGGGUCUACACAGUCCAGUGGGAAAGAGGAGGCAGACAUUAGAGUCAAUGCAAAGUUUGUCCAAGACAGCUCCAAGUUCUGGUACAAACCAGGCAUCUCUAGAGACCAAGCCAUAGCUGUGCUGAAGGACAAGGAGCCGGGCUCUUUCCUCAUCAGAGACAGUAACUCUUUCCAGGGGGCUUACGGCCUUGCCCUCAAGGUGGCCACCCCACCUCCAAACGCCAACGUCACUGGGAACAAAGGGGAUCCACUGGAACAGCUGGUGAGACACUUCCUCAUAGAAACUGGGCCUCGGGGAGUGAAGAUCAAGGGCUGUCAGAAUGAGUCCUACUUCGGAAGUUUAUCUGCCCUGGUGUUUCAGCAUUCAAUCACUCCCAUUUCUUUACCAUGUGCACUUCGUAUUCCAGAGAAAGAUCUGGUUGGAGAGCUUCAGGAGAUACAAAGUGCAACCAGCACAAGCACAGCAGCUGACCUCCUCAAACAAGGAGCAGCUUGUAACGUGCUCUACCUGAACUCUGUGGAGACCGAAUCAUUAACUGGGCCUGAGGCAGUUUCCAAGGCAACCAAAUGUACUAUGUCACUGAACCCACGUCCAGUCGCAACAGUCGUCCACUUCAAAGUGUCUGCUCAGGGCAUCACUCUCACAGACAGCAAAAGAAGGCUAUUUUUCAGAAGACACUACCCAAUCAACAGCGUUACCUUCAGCAGUCUGGACCCCCAAGACCAGAGGUGGACUAAUUCUGAUAGUACGUCAAGCAAAAUGUUUGGGUUUGUGGCCAGGCGGACGGGCAGUGCUACAGAGAACGUGUGCCACCUGUUUGCAGAAAUAGACCCAGAGCAGCCAGCUGUGGCCAUUGUUAACUUCAUCAACAAAGUCAUGUUGGGACCACAGCUACGCAGAUGAGGAUACACAAGCACCUAAUCUCUGGACUGCUGGAAAUCUUGGACAUAUUAAUGUAACAAAGACUUUUUUUUUUUUUAAUUAAGUGUGAACAUAUUGUUUUUUUGCCUUUAUGUUGGUGGCACCACAUCCUGCUAGGGCUUUGUGACUGUUAUAAGAGAUCUAUGUUCUUAUAUCUCUGUGCUACAUCAGGUAUUGUUGUUUAUGUGUAAACUAACAAGAACUGAGGAGGGUGAUAAACCUAAAGUUUGGUAAAAUUGUGCCAAAUGAGAUUAAAAAAUGUUUUGUUUUUCUGUUCAUAAGAUUAUUGUCGCCUUGUUUAUGUGACAUGUUAUCAAAUAUUAAUCAUGACGCACAAAAAAAACUUCACAACUGCUUGAGUGACAAUCUGCAAAGCACAAUUACACUAUUUGUAGUAUUUCCACCUCAGUGUUUAAUAAAAGCACAGGCAAAGUGGUCUAGAAAGUUUUCAGUCAUUUAGUAGAUGGUAAGGGCUAUGUUUUGGAGAAAAGGUCAUGUUACUAGAAUAUCUGCACUGAUGCAAUAUGAAAAAGUGUGACAGAAGUGAUUGAAUGAGGGAAAUUAUGUAUUUGCAUUAUUGGAUUAUAGAGACUACUUUAACUGGUUGCAUACUGUACAUAUUAUGAACAAUCUGCAUUUUCUUUUCCAGUGCAUCUAUAUUUUUAGAAGUAUGUUCUAAGUACUGCAAUGCUACCUACAAGGGAUUUAAUAAAAUGCUACACAUGUGAAAAUGUCAAAAAGAAGGAAGCCUUAAAACAGAAUAAAUACAUGUUAAUGAUGAUGGAGCAUGGAUAUGAGCAAUCAUAAGUGAAAUACAAAUACAACCAAGCCUUACAAUCAUAAUGGCAGAGUCACUAUCAACAAGUCCUGUUCCUUUUUGGUUUUCGCAUGUGUUCCAUUUGUAGUUACAAUAUAUAAUUAGAAACUUUUAUUGAAGAAUGAAGCCUUGCUUUAGGCCAAAGACUGAAAUUGUGUCAAGAACAAUUGGGUGAUUGAUUUUUUUUUUUUUUUUUCCACAAUAUCUUUUUAUUUGGUAUUUGGGUGUUUUCUAUAAACUGAGACAGUAUUAAGACCACAGCACAAUGCUUAUUUUUCAUAAUGUAUUUUUAUGUGAAAGAAGUAAUAUAUUUUACACUUCUUAAAGUAGAGGAGAGUGAAGAUUGGUGUAUGUCAUAUUUGACAACAAAACGAAGCUAAUAAAUUAUAGCAAAUGGAACCGUA